CGCAGCCGAGCUCCGGCCCCAGCUGCAGUGGACGAGCCGAGCUGAGCCUGACCGGGCAGGGCUGCGCCGGGCCGCUCCAGGCUAGGCUGAGCUGAGCUGAGCUGGGCUGAGUUGAGCUGGGCCGGGCCGGGCCGGGCCGGCCCGAGCUGAACCGAGCGGAGUCGAGCCGGACCGAGCCGGCGGCCGGCAGCCCGCGCAGAGCAUGGCCGAGCCGCCGGCGGCGCCGGGCCCCGAGGGUGAGGAGGGCCCGGUGCGCUUCGCCCGCAAAGGCGCCCUGCGGCAGAAGAACGUGCAUGAGGUGAAGAACCACAAGUUCACGGCGCGGUUCUUCAAGCAGCCCACCUUCUGCAGCCACUGCACCGACUUCAUCUGGGGCUUCGGCAAGCAGGGCUUCCAGUGUCAAGUUUGCUGCUUCGUUGUGCACAAGCGGUGCCAUGAGUUCGUUACCUUCUCCUGCCCUGGUGCUGAUAAAGGCCCUGCCUCGGAUGAUCCCCGAAGCAAACACAAAUUUAAAAUCCACACGUACUCCAGCCCCACCUUCUGUGACCACUGCGGGUCGUUGCUCUACGGACUCAUUCACCAGGGGAUGAAAUGUGACACCUGUAUGAUGAACGUGCACAAGCGCUGCGUGAUGAACGUCCCCAGCCUGUGUGGGACGGACCACACCGAGCGUCGAGGACGGAUAUACAUCAGGGCUGACAUUGAGAAGGAUGUGCUCACCGUUGUAGUAAGAGAUGCAAAAAACCUAGUUCCUAUGGAUCCUAAUGGCUUGUCUGAUCCCUACGUGAAGCUUAAACUAAUCCCUGACCCCAAAAACGAAAGCAAACAGAAGACCAAAACUAUCAAGUGCUCCCUGAAUCCAGAGUGGAACGAGACAUUUAAAUUCCAACUGAAAGAGGCAGACAAAGACAGGAGACUGUCUGUGGAGAUUUGGGACUGGGAUCUGACCAGCAGGAAUGAUUUCAUGGGCUCCUUGUCCUUUGGGAUUUCUGAGCUGCAGAAGUCGGGAGUCGAUGGAUGGUUUAAGCUGCUGAGCCAGGAAGAGGGGGAGUAUUUCAAUGUUCCGGUGCCUCCUGAGGGAGAAGAAGGAAACGAGGAACUCAGGCAGAAAUUUGAGAGAGCCAAGAUUGGAACAGGCUCCAAGGCUGCAGAUGAGAAGACAACAAACGCCAUCUCUAAAUUGGACAACAAUGGGAGCAGAGAUCGGAUGAAACUUUCAGAUUUCAAUUUCCUGAUGGUGCUGGGAAAAGGAAGCUUUGGGAAGGUGAUGCUGGCAGAGAGGAAGGGCACAGACGAGCUCUACGCCGUGAAGAUCUUGAAGAAGGAUGUUGUUAUCCAGGAUGAUGACGUAGAGUGCACGAUGGUUGAAAAACGCGUCCUGGCUCUCUCUGGGAAGCCCCCGUUCCUGACCCAGCUCCAUUCCUGCUUUCAGACGAUGGAUCGCUUGUAUUUUGUGAUGGAAUAUGUGAAUGGUGGGGACUUAAUGUACCAGAUCCAGCAGGUUGGGAGGUUUAAAGAGCCACAUGCUGUAUUCUAUGCGGCAGAAAUAGCCAUCGGCCUCUUCUUCCUGCAGAGCAAAGGCAUCAUUUAUCGAGACCUAAAGCUGGACAACGUGAUGCUGGACAGUGAGGGGCACAUAAAGAUCGCAGACUUUGGCAUGUGCAAGGAGAACAUCUGGGACGGGGUGACCACCAAGACCUUCUGCGGCACUCCAGACUACAUUGCACCCGAGAUAAUUGCUUACCAGCCCUAUGGGAAGUCCGUGGAUUGGUGGGCGUUUGGAGUCCUGCUCUAUGAAAUGUUAGCUGGCCAGGCACCCUUUGAGGGGGAAGAUGAAGAUGAGCUCUUCCAGUCCAUCAUGGAGCACAACGUAGCCUACCCCAAGUCCAUGUCCAAGGAGGCAGUGGCAAUCUGCAAAGGGCUGAUGACCAAGCACCCGGCCAAGCGACUGGGAUGUGGCCCAGAAGGGGAGCGGGACAUCAAGGAGCACGCCUUCUUCCGCUACAUCGACUGGGAUAAGCUGGAGCGCAAGGAGAUCCAGCCUCCCUUCAAGCCAAAGGCUUGUGGACGCAAUGCUGAAAACUUCGACCGGUUUUUCACUCGCCAUCCACCCGUCUUAACACCUCCUGACCAGGAAGUCAUCAGGAACAUUGACCAGUCAGAAUUCGAAGGAUUUUCCUUUUUUAACUCUGAGUUUUUUAAACCCGAAGCCAAGAGCUAAGUGGCUGUGUAGAUCUCAUCCCUGCAUCUCUGUCAUCCAAUCCCAACUGCUGUUGUGCUGACAUUCUCCACUGCAAAACAUCCAUUCAUGGUUUUUCUUCAGUACUGCUACUAGAGUGACCAUAUUUCCAAGCCAGAAGUGUCACCGUGUGGUUCGGAGCGUGCCUGGAGGGUGGGUGAUGUGCAGUAAACACUGCAAACGUGCUUUUAUCACAUUUCAUUUGUAGAAGAUGGAAACGGUUCAUUGGCCAAUGGAGAUAAAAUGGAGACGAGUAAACUGGGACAAUUAGGAGAAAUCUCUUCAGCAUGUAUGAGCUUUGAUUCCUGCUCUUCCCUUUUUCUACUCUUUUAAUGUAAUCAUGAAAAUGUAAUACGUAGCCUUCUUAACCUUAGUAGCAAGUAAGAGCUUCUGAGGAAACCUUUCCCUGGUGUGAGUGUGCACCCACAGCACCAGCACUGCCAGCUGAGCCUCUCAGCUCAUCCCAGAGCUGAGUGGUUGUUCUGGACAGCUGAAAUGCCCAUUUGGCUUCUUUUGGAGCUCUGUCCUGCUGUUUGCUGACACCCACCACAGCCUGGGACCUACGUGGCGCUGGGCAGGCACAGGUCUGGCCUCUGGGUCUUCAGCGGCAGUGAGAAAUUGUCAGGGAAGCUGGGCCUGCCGCUUGCAAAGAUUUCUCCUGAUUGUGCAGUUUCUAAGAGGCACUUUCUAAACCAAAAGAAACGUAUCCAGUUGUAAAUGGGAAAUUUGAAAGAGCUGUUGCAGAUGCUUUCAAAUCCAUGGUCACCCUAGUAAACACCACACACCGUUGGUUCUUACAGCAAAACCUUUUCUUUCUGGGUUUUUUUUUCCUUUCAAAUGCCAAAGCAAUUGAUUGACUUUGUUACCUGUGCUUUAAAUGUGUCAAAAACUGGUAUUAACACAAACAGGAUGCUAUUUAACUUUGAACAGUAUUGUGAAUUCUGAUACGAAGCUUGUAAAGAAACGUGUUUCAACUAAUAGCCCUACUUUUAAAAAUUGUCACUGGUAUCUAAGUGGCCUGCAUUUUGUUUCUAGCAUCAAAGAAGUUGUUUCAGGAGGGAUGGAUUUCUCUUGAAACAGUAACAAUCAAGCAGCGUCCUUUUAUAGUGUCCUGCAGAUGUUCGUGGGCUGUCACUGUAUCAAUCUGCUUUAAGUUGUAAUGUGCCAUUUUCUUUUCCCCGAUACUGAUCAUAAAAUAAAAAGCGAGAA